AUGGAGAAGGGCGGUCACGGCGGGAAGUCGGCGGCCGUCCCGGCCCCUCACUUGCAGCCGCCGCAGCCUCGGAAGGAGAGGCCCAGCAUGUUCGAGAAGGAGGCAUGAUAUGCGCAGAUUUUGAGAGAAAGACUGAGAGAAUCAUUUCAUGAUGUUCAGUAUGUAGAGCCUCCAUUUGAUGAUUCAAUUGCUGAUUUAGGUAAAGAAUGGAAGAGUGCCCUGGCAAAAUUAAAGUUCGCUAAUUCAUAUAGAAUGGAGCCAUUGAAAAAAUUCCAAGCUCAUUCCGUGGAAACUAAAGUCCAGCAGAUAUUAAAGGAAAGUCUUAAAGAUGUCAAAUAUGAUGAUAAAGUCUUCUCUCAUUUGUCACUUGAAUUAGCAGACCGCAUAUUGUCAGCAGUGAAAGAAUUUGGGUACCACCGUUACAAGUUCAUUAUAAAAGUAUUAUUUAUUCAAAAGACCGGUCAGGCAAUAAAUGUUGCCAGCAGAUGGAUCUGGGAUGUGGCAUGGGACAGCUGGGUUGCUGCGAAACAUGAAACGGAAACGUACGUGGCCUUGGCCCUGGUGUUUGCUCUUUAUUGUGAGUAGGGAGUGUUUACUCCUCAACUUUGCAGAGACACAGGACAUCUGUAGAUCUGUGAACCUCACAGUAGACGUUGAUUCCCUGCACUUUGGCCUCCAGUUGAAGCUUCAUUGUAUCAUUUUAACAGCAAACAAGUAAAAGCUGGAUUGUUUUUACCUUUAUAAUUUACUAGUUAUCAUAUUUAUUAACGCUCUGUUACCCCCAAAGUAGGAAAGUAUGAGUGAGUGACACAUAGAGAUAGAUAGAUAUGAAUAUAUAAGUGCUUAGAGUGGAUUCUAACAUAGGGAAAUUAUCAUUCUUGUUAGAUUUAAGACAAUCAGAAUUUGCUAGAGGAAAUUAUGACACAACUUAGUAAAGUGUCAAUUAAAUGUUAAAAUCGAUUUUGGAAAACUUCUAAAGGCAGAUGUACUUUUGAAUGGUAUUUUAAUAUGUUGUAUGCGUUCUUUUGAAAGGAAUUACCAAGUUUGAAAGAAAGACACUUUCUAUAAUGUAAUUAUACACUUUCUAAUAACGUAGUUAGCACAUCCCUAACCAAUCAAAAUGCUUAAAAUGUGUGGGUGUUC